CGGUGCCAUUAGUUGACCCGUCUUUGAAAGUGCUCGAAACGAUUUGUCAACAUGUGAAGGUAGUGUUUUUGAAAAACUGCAAAACAAAGAAAAUCAGUAUUAUUUAAACAUCUCGCUCUCAUCUCUCUCUUACUCAACGGAAAUAUUUCAACUCAGGCGGAAAAAGUCAACAAGAUAAAAGUAGCUUUUUGGUGAGACCUUUCUCGCUUACAUGGAGUUCCAUUUGGACAGCGCAGAAUAUUGCCAGGCCCAACACAAAUAAGCUAUCAAGUUUUAGAAGACUAUAAGAACUAAGUCAUUGUCGCCAUAUUCCUUAGUUACACAUUGUCCGCUGUACCUCAUCUGCAGUUGAUUAAUCCUACUAUCAACAGUACUUUUGCUAAGCAUAUCAAGCAAAAAUUUGUGUAUACAAUUCAACUGAACUGCAAUUUAGAUAAAAAGAUUAUUAUAUUAAGUUAUUGAAAGACUGAAUAAGAAAAUUAACAUUGAAUAAUAUAUCUAGAUAAAUUAUUUGUUAUCGAAUAAUCACUACAUCUCAGUGCUAUCUAGUAUUCUUUGGUUUACGAUAUUGAGCAUAAUUUCAAAUUAUUUGUUAAUCCAGAGCAAGAAGUUAGCUUUUUGAUCUCCUUGUGUAAUAAAAAUACACCAGAAAAAUAUUCUAAAAUUCAAAACGCGUUGUUCAUUAGUGUCUUGUGAAAAAAACCGUUUUAGCAACAAUGCGUCAAAAGGAUAUCAGACCUGCGCCAGCAGAAAUACAGUACAAAGGAUUUAAAUUCCUCAUAACUGACCGGCCUUCUGAUCAGAGUAUUUUAACAUACAUUCAGGAGCUUAAGAAGCACAACGUCUCUGCAGUGGUAAGAGUUUGCGAACCCUCGUACAAAACCGACGAUUUAAACAGCAUUGGAAUUGAAGUAAUCGAUUUAGUAUAUGAUGAUGGCACGUUUCCUCCUAGCGAAGUGGUGGAUGAAUGGUUUAAACUACUCAAAAAUCAGCUUCACGAAAAUCCCGAUGCCUGUGUCGCCGUUCAUUGUGUUUCUGGCCUCGGAAGGGCGCCCGUAAUGGUGGCUUUAGCCUUAAUCGAGCUGGGUCUGAAGUACGAAGAGGCCGUAGAAUUAAUAAGAGAGAAAAGGAGGGGAGCAAUAAACGCAAAGCAAUUAGGUUUUCUUGAGAAAUACCGUCCCAAAUCUCGACUAAAGCUAAAGAAUGGUCAUAAGAACUCAUGUUGUGUGCAGUAAUACCACAUUUCUGUGUUCAUUGGAGGAUGUAGCAACAUCGUAAUUUUUUUCUGAUAGUUAUUCGUAUAAAUCAUAUAAAGCUUCGAAUUUUUUACCAUAAAUAAGUUACGACUUUACGAGCAAUAUCAUUUUAUAAUUAACAACUUAGAUUAUCAGAUAAUAAAUGCUGACGUUCCUUUCCGAACAAUGGCGUUGCAAUGUGGCUUUUACAAAUAUAUUGUCCAACUUACAUUUUGUUGUUUAUUAGUGCACAUUAGUAACUAGAUAAUUGUUUUUUUCGAAUUUGACAAAGAUGUUUAAUUGUUAUGGAGCUCUUUUAUGUGAAGAUUAAUGUAUUUUUUACUUUGUAUUGUUGCAGCUUAGUUAUCUUCAGUAUUUUAUAAUAUUACAUUUUUCUAUUGAUAGUA